AUGGAUGGGGAAAAAGUCGCAGCACCGAUAGACGAGAGCAACCCUGCAGAGACGGGUAUCGUGGAUUUCGAGAAAGAUGAUCCAGCAAAUCCUCUCAACUGGCCGAAACCGUACAAAUGGGCCAUGGUGAUCCUGGUUGCAUGUCUCUCUGCCAUGGUCACUGACCCGUCGCAGCCAGCUGUCAACCAUCAUCGCAGCGCCAGUCUCGCCCAGAUCCUGACCGACUUCCACUCCGACAACACCCUGUACCGCACCCUGAUCGUGUCGAUCUGGGAGCUGGGCGAAAUCGUCGGUCCGCUGGUCUGGGGCCCCCUCUCCGAAGUCUACGGUCGACGCCCCGUGCUGAAUAUCGCCAACUUCUUCUUUGUCGCCUUCUUUGUCGGAACGGUCCUGAGUACAAAUAUCCAAAUUCUCGUUGCUUUCCGCUUCCUGAGCGGUACCGCAACCGCGGCGUCGCCCAUCGGCCCCGGAAUCGUGCGCGAUCUGUUUGCUGAAGAGCAUCGGGGGCGCGCCAUGUCCAUCAUGUCCAUGUCCACUGCCCUUGGACCGCUCCUCGGACCCAUUGUGGGCUCUUAUCUAGGCCAGAACGCCGGUUGGAGGUGGACUUUUUGGCUGCCAACCAUCGCAUACGGCUUUCUGUCUUUGCUGUUUCUGGCCGUGUAUCGAGAAACCUACAAGGUCUCAAUCCUGGAGAAGAAAACCAGGCAACGACAGCGUGAAACCGGCGACUACAGCCUCCGAUCCAAGUAUGAGACUGAUGACACUGCGCUUCGGAAGCUGUACAAAACAGCCAUUCGGCCUCUAUCUCUCUUGGUUCGGUCCCCGGCUCUGAUGCUUAUCACGCUGUUUAUCUGCAUCGUGUACGGGUACACCUACCUCAUCAUGACCACCAUCGCCCCGGUCUUUCAGGACGUCUAUGCCUUCUCAGAGGGCGCUUCUGGCCUGGCUUUCCUCGGUCUGUGCCUGGGCCUUGUGUCCGGGAGCAUCUUGUGCAGUUUCCUCCUCGACCACUACGUCCAGCUGGCGAAGAAGAGAGCGGGCGCCAUCACUCCCGAACAGCGUCUUCCACCCGUUCUCGUCGCCUGUAUGUUCAUGCCCGGCGGUCUCUUCCUCUUCGGCUGGAGCACAGCGUACCACGUUCAAUUCAUCGUGCCAAUCAUCGGGACAGCCGUCAUCGGCUUCGCUCUGGCAGCGACAUCCAUCUCUCUUCAGAGCUACAUCGUCGACGCGUUUGGCAUCUAUGCCGUGAGCGCGGUGAGCGCGAUGCUCGUCCCUCGCAACGCAACUGCUGCUUUCCUGCCGCUGGCCGGACCGCCACUGUACAGCGCCUUGGGAUAUGGCUGGGGGAAUUCCGUGCUGGGGUUCAUUGCGCUGGCGUUUGUGCCCAUGCCGCUUCUGUUCAUGAAGUUUGGAGAGCGGAUUAGGAAGUGCAGUGCGCAUCUUUUGGUUGAGUGA